AUGGGACUUGCUUACAGGGGUGUGAAGUGGGGUAUGAAGGUCAAACGUGUGAUCAGGAGUGCCAGGAAGGAUACUUUGGUGAAAACUGUGCUCGGGAAUGUUCUGCUAACUGUAACAGCUGUAAUAAAAAAUCUGGACUUUGUGAUCUUGGGUGUCAUCCGGGAUGGAAAGGGACACAUUGUUCAGAAAAAUGCGAUGGUGGGCUUUUUGGACCGAACUGUAGCACACCUUGUGGACACUGUCUUAAAAACCAACAAUGUCAUCAUCUAUACGGAACAUGUGCAAAGGGAUGUGACCCAGGAGUGCUCAAAGAACACAUUCGGUCGUAACUGUCAGAACAAAUGCAACAGGACGUGCAUAACCUGUGACAUAGUUACUGGAAUCUGUGACAGUGGAUGUCAUCCCGGUUGGAAAGGAGACUAUUGUGAAAACGCAUGCGAUGGCAAUUUCUACGGAGCCAAUUGCAGUCUACAAUGUGGAAAGUGUAUGAACAAUACACAGUGUCACCACGCAUUCGGAAAUUGCAUGGGUGGAUGUGCCAGUGGGUUCAACGGCAGCAAGUGCGAUACAGAAUGCCCUGAUGGUUAUUUUGGUCCAAACUGUCGUGAAUCAUGCAACGAAACGUGCAAAAGUUGUGAUAAGACCUCGGGUGUCUGUAAAUACGGCUGUAAACCAGGAUGGAAGGGCGACUUUUGUGAAACAAUUUGUGAUAACCAUUUUUAUGGAGAAAAUUGCAGUAUGCCGUGCGGGAAGUGUUUAAAAAAUGAGCAGUGUCAUCACUUGAAUGGAACGUGUUUUAAUGGGUGCAUGAGUGGCUUUAUGGGCUCAAAAUGCAUAGAAGAGUGCCAGGAUGGAUAUUUUGGAGAAAACUGUAUUCGAGUGUGUCCUAUUCAGUGCCACAGCUGUAACAAAUCUUCUGGAAUUUGUGAUCAGGGAUGUCACCCGGGAUGGAAGGGGACAUAUUGUACAGAAGAAUGUGAUGGUGGGCUUUACGGAGUGAACUGUAGCAUGCCAUGUGGACACUGUCUUAAUCACCAACAAUGUCAUCAUAUAAACGGAACAUGUGUAACUGGAUGUGGCCCAGGGUACAUUGGAAAUACUUGCACUGAAGCUUGUCUAGCUGGAACUUUCGGAAUGAACUGCAACGAAACUUGUAGCAUCAAUUGCAGAUAUUCAAAACGUUGUAGUUCUGAAACAGGAAACUGUAGUGGUGGAUGUGUAAAGGGUUGGAAAGGGUCUCACUGUAGUAAUGAAUGUGACGGUCAUACAUAUGGAUAUAAUUGUCAAGAGCACUGUGGAAUCUGCCGGAAUGGAGAGGAGUGUGAUACAGUGACUGGAGUGUGUCCUAAUGGCUGUGACACUGGUUACACGGGGGACAACUGUAAAGAAACUUGCAGUAACAAAACGUAUGGACUCCUUUGUUCGUUGACUUGUGGUAACUGCAUUGACAAACAACAAUGUCAUCACGUGACCGGAAAAUGCCCAGAAGGAUGCGCUGUAGGAUUUCAAGGAGAAAGGUGUGACAAAGCACUGUGUCUCCCACCGUCAGCAGAGUCUGCUGACCAUCCCUCCAUUUCUUACAUUUUGUCUGCAUUGCUCACCGUCUGUGUCAUCGUUAUCAUUUUUCUCACCUUAAGAUUAUGCAAAAACGAACAAUGUUAUAAGUGCCAUCAGCAUAAGCAACCGAAGGACAACAAACCUGUAGACACUGCACCAUCUACAACUGGUCACGACGUUAACGUUGAUGACGGCACGGCAUACCAGGAGCUCAACGAAGUCACCAAUCAACCACAGAGAGGUGAUCUUGGUCACACCGCCGUCAACCCUGAUACUUACGUUAAUGUUGAGGGAGAUAACUCAGCGUAUCAGGCGCUAGGAGAAGUCACCCAGCCGUCUCUCUAUGAUACGCCUUUCCAGAAAUAAGCAAUUUGUACGUUAAUGCAGAUGGGUGCAAGAUUUACAAAAAACUCCUUACAAUAUUGCUAAUUUUUUAAUCGCAAUAAUGCAGAUAUAAACCAAUUGUUCAUUUUGUUGUAUACACAACACGCUGCAUAACAAAGCAAAGGUUUUGGAAUCCGAGAAAUGUAUAAACAUUUUUAUAUCAAUUUUUUCUCUGCUUAUUUUUAGUUAUUGUAAAUGAAUGGAAAUUGUGGGGAUUUUUCACCCAGUAACUGUUGUCUUUGUUUUGUCUUAGUAACACGUAUUUUAUGAAGUUUUUUUUAAAGUUCGGGGCGAAUUGAAGGUAGGUUGUCAUAAACACCGGUAUUACAAUCUUAAGGUAAAGCUACAUAUAGUUGAGGUUUAUACCUGAGUAAUCAGCAGUUAUUAUUGCAUUGCUUGCACAUGUGCUUCUAAAUAUAUAUGUAAUUUAUAAAAAUCAGUAUUUGUUUUCGAAUUUCAACAUACUAUAAUAUGUGUUCACCCUGUUUUGAUUCUACUUGCGUUUUUUACAGCAGAAUCCACAUCAAUGUAUAUAACUUCUGAUCAACC